CGGGAAAGGGCCUGGUGUGUCUGAGGUGACACAGCCCUGCCUGAGCAGCCCGAGUGGCAGCGGGGUCAGCGGGCUGCGGGAGCGCAGGCCACUCUCCCCCAGGGGCUUCAGAAUGGACUUGUGCCACCCAGACCCAGGGGAGCUGAGCAGUGGGGAGGCGGAGGAGCUGCAGAAGAUCAAAUGGCACCGGAAACAGCUUCUGGAGGAUAUCCAGAAGCUGAAGGAUGAGAUCGCAGAUGUGUUUGCCCAAAUCGACUGCUUCGAGACAGCAGAGGAGAGCCGCAUGGCCCAGAGGGAGAAAGAGCUGUGCAUCGGCCGCAAGAAAUUCAACAUGGACCCCAUGAAGGGCAUCCAGUAUCUCAUUGAGCACAAGCUGCUGACCCCCAACGUCCAGGACAUCGCCCAGUUCUUGUACAAGGGCGAGGGCCUCAACAAGACAGCCAUCGGCACCUACUUGGGAGAGAGAGACCCCAUCAACCUGCAGGUCCUCCAGGCCUUUGUAGAUUGCCAUGAGUUUGCUAACCUCAACCUUGUCCAGGCCCUCAGACAAUUCCUGUGGAGCUUCCGGCUGCCAGGCGAGGCCCAGAAGAUCGACCGCAUGAUGGAGACCUUCGCCUCCCGAUACUGCCUCUGCAACCCUGGCGUCUUUCAGUCCACAGACACCUGCUACGUCCUGUCCUUCUCCAUCAUCAUGCUCAACACCAGCCUCCACAACCCCAACGUCCGAGACAGGCCGCCCUUCGAGCGCUUUGUGUCCAUGAACCGUGGCAUCAACGACGGCAGUGACCUGCCUGAGGAGCAGCUGCGGAACCUCUUCGACAGCAUCAAGAGCGAGCCCUUCUCCAUCCCCGAGGACGAUGGCAAUGACCUCACCCACACCUUCUUCAAACCCGACCGCGAGGGCUGGCUGCUCAAACUGGGUGGCCGCGUGAAGACCUGGAAACGACGCUGGUUCAUCCUGACGGACAGCUGCCUCUAUUACUUCGAGUUCACCACUGACAAGGAGCCCCGGGGAAUCAUACCCCUUGAGAAUCUCUCAGUGCAGAAGGUGGACGACCCCAAGAAGCCAUUCUGCCUGGAGCUCUGCAACCCCAGCUGCCGGGGCCAGAAGAUAAAGGCCUGCAAGACUGACGGCGAUGGUAAAGUGGUGGAGGGCAAGCACGAGUCUUACCGGAUCUCAGCCUCCAGCGCUGAGGAGCGGGACCAAUGGAUCGAAGCCAUUCGAGCCAGCAUCACUCGUGUCCCCUUCUACGACCUGGUCUCUGCUCGGAAGAAGAAGAUCGCCAGCAAGCAGUGAGCUUCCUUGGAGGUGGUGCCCGGUGUCCUGCGAGCCCCAUGACCUGUGGUACCUGGAGACCCACUCCCAACCCAGGGCCCGCAUACAUCCUCCCUCAACCCCCUUCACUUCGACCUGACAGCGGGGGCGAGGGUGGGGGAGGCAGGGCUCAAGAGCCGGAGUAGGUGGGAACCACCAAGGGCUCAGAGCCCGAUCAUGAGGCUGCUGGCCCUGGCCGUCCAGGAAAGGCCCCACCCUUGCCCCAAGUCCACUACAGGAAGGGGUAAGGAAAGCGGCCAUAGCCUGGCACCCUGCCCUCUCUCUGGGCCUCAGUUUCCUCUUUUGUUAGAAGUCUCCUUGCCCUCUGAAAUGCCAUCAGCCUUCAAAGCAGGAGGGGCCUGAGUGCUUCCUACCCUCCACCAUGGCGAAGCCUCCUCCUUCUGCUCAGGGGGUUCUCAGCCAGCCCCUCCCCAUCCUCAGUGGGAGCUUGGCCCUCCCUGCCCAAGGGACACAGGAGACACAUCUCAGAUCCAUGGACAUGACCUCUGGGAGACCCAAGAGCACUGGACUAGGAGCCUGGACAUCACAGUCUCAGUCCUAGCUUUGUCUCAACUUGCUGUGUGCCCUCGGCAGAGUCACACUCCUUCUCUUCUCUGGUUCCUGGAAAACUGUGGUGCUUGGCUAGGGAUGUCCCAGCCCUUCUGGUUCUGCGCACUCCACCCCUCAACCUGCCAGCAGUGGCCCCUCUCAGACUGCUUCCUGUCUGCGGAAGGAUAGGAAUGUGCUGGGUCUCCCAAGGAGCUUCUGGCUCGAGAUGUCUACACCUGUUUACUGAGCCGGAAGGGACUCUGGACUGAAGACUGCUGGGAGGCAGAGAGCAGAGUGGGCCCAUCCUCAAGGAUGUUCAUUUUCGAGAAGGGACAGGCGGGACUCCUCAAGCAAAUGGAAGAGACAUACAGACAUACUAAAGCAGACAUACUCAAGCAGAAAUGGUGGUACAACCAAGAAACCAAGAUGAGAGCUUUGUGAUCUGUGGUUACCAGGAGGGCUGCCUGGAGACAGCAGCCAUGCCAUGAGUGACAUACACCCUUGUAGCAGAGUCCCUGCCACAAUUUCCCUGCUGGACCACUGCCCAGGGCUCCUGAGGUGAUGAGCAGCUGCCCCAGCUGGGUCCUAGCAUCCUGAGACUCUCUGGCAUAGCACCAUCAAGCGUGAACAGGCAGGCAGUUCCGUCUCCAGGGAGGCCCCAGCCUGGAGGAGCAUUCCACAAACAGGUUUCUUCUCAGUAGCACGACUUACCCUGCCACACAGGCCCUGGGGGAGUCCCUAGAGGGAAGUUCCCUUGCAGGAAAACAGGAUAUGGGGUUACCUCGGCUCGACUGUCAGCCUGUGUAGGUGAGCCAGACAAGGUGAAUUUCCCCAGGGAGGGGAAGCAACCUUUCUUCCCCCACCUCACAACACACACACAACACAACACACACACUCUCUGUGGGGUCAGGACAGAGUAGCUGCCUUGCAAGUGGUGAGGCCACUGUCUCUGGAGGUGUUCAAGCACCUCAUAAUGAUACUGCACUGAGGUGGAUCUGUUUGGGUGUGACAGGAAGAAGAUUUACAGGACCUUUGAGAUCUUCCACAGGCCCCAUGGCAGCGUGGGAGCUGAGUGCCACAUCUGCUGCCUUUUUUGGCCCUGAAGGGGCAGCCAGGCGUCAGGGGCUCUGAGGUCCUCUCCUGCCACCGGCUGUGCAAUCUUAGUCCACCCUCUUCCCCUCUCUGGUCCUCGGCUUCCUCCCCUGUCACUGAGAGGGUGGAAUGGGGGAUUUUCUGGGCAUGAGUGGCUGUUCUGGGAAUCACUCAGAAUAGAGAAUAAAGCUCAUGAGUCAACUCG